GCCAAGGCCAUAUCAGCCCCAUGUUCCAGUUUGCAAAGAGGUUGGCCGCCAAGGGCCCCAAGACCACCCUCGUCACUACCCACUUCAUCCUCAACUCCUUCCCCUCUCAGACCGACUCCAUCCGCCUCGCGCCCAUAUCCGACGGCCACGACCGGGGCGGCUUCCCCUCCGCCGCCAGCCUCGAGGCCUACCUCUUGACUCUCGCGGACGUCGGCGCCCGCUCCCUGUCGAAGCUGAUCGACCAGCACGCCGCUUCCGGCUGUCCCUUCACCUGCAUGGUCUACGACACCGUCGUGCCGUGGGCCGUCGAGGUGGCCAAGAUGCACGGCCUGGCCACGGCGGCCUUCUCGACGCAGUCGUGCGCGGUGAGCGCCAUAUACUACUACGUCAACCAGGGGAUGCUCGACGUCCCCGAGGCCGGAGGCAGUGUCUCCUGCUCCGCUCCCUUCUUGCCGCCCUUGGCGAGGUCGGAGUUCCCUUCCUUGGCUCUCAGGCAAGGCAGGAACCUCACGGUCUCGACCAUGGCGAUGAACCAGUUCAAUCUGGAGAAGGACGACUGGGUUCUCUUCAACUCGUUCGACAUGCUGGAGAUCGAGGUGGUGAACCGCUUGAAGAAGCAUUGGCGCGCCCGGGCAAUCGGGCCGAGCGUGCCGCUGCCGCUGGUGGAUAAGGAAGGCGGUGCCACCUACGGUCUCAGCCUCCUCGAGGCGGAGGAGGACACAUGCAUGAGGUGGCUGAACUCGAAGCCACCGCGCUCCGUCGUGUACGUCUCCUUCGGGAGCGUCGCGUCGGUGAGCGCGGAGCAGAUGGAAGAGCUGGCGUGCGGCCUGGAGGCGUCCGGGAAGAACUUCUUGUGGGUGGUGCGGGCCGCGGUGGAGAAGACGCUGCCGCGGGCGUUUGCGAAGGCGCCGCCGGAGCGGGGUCUGGUGGUGCGGUGGAGCCCGCAGCUGGCGGUCCUGGCCCACCCAGCGUUGGGCUGCUUCGUGACGCACUGCGGGUGGAACUCGACGCUGGAGGCGGUGUCGCUGGGGGUGCCCAUGGUAGCCUUCCCGCUGUGGACGGACCAGCCCACGAACGCCAAGUACGUGGAGGACGUGUGGGAGGUGGGCGUGCGGGCGAGGAGGGCGGAGACGGGCAUCGUGGCGAGGGAGGAGAUCGAGCGCUGCGUGAGGGCGGUGAUGGACGGGAAGAGGAGUGGGGAGAUGAUGAGGAACUCGCGGCGGUGGAGGGACGCGGCGACCGAGGCGCUGCAGGCGGGCGGGAGCUCGGACGAGGCCAUGGAUGAGUUCGUAGCGUUCGUGAACGCCGAAGCCAAGGACUGACGUGGCGCUGCAGUGCU